GUGCACCAAUCCAUUCAAGAUUCUGUGAUUUUUACUUAGUAACCAAAAAAAAUCGUUACAUGUUCACUUUCACACUAGUGAAUGCUAUAACUGCUAAAUCUAUUUAUCAAAUCGUAAAUGAUUAGAUUUUAUGAUAGGAUGGAGCAUCUUGAAAAAAGACGCCAAAAACCAAGCUGUCAUGUAUGUGUAACGAAGAAUGUUUGAGAGUUAAGCAGUCACGUUUCAUUUUCAGAGUUCAGGUUUAUACUAAAUCAACAUCCACUAUCCUUCAGCUCUUCAAUGUUGCAUCGUUUAAUACAUUAGAUCUGGUUAUUUUACCAAAAAACGCUUUAUAAGGUGUUGAUAUAGUUUCAUAUUAUCUGCCUCGUUCUGCUAAAAAAAUCACGUUCUGUCCAUUUGCCCAAAGCGUGCAGCAGUCUCUGGUCUCUAUAGUAAUCAGAACAAGACAUCAUAUUAAUAUCCCAUGAUGUCGUCAGUGUUUAAAAGAUAUCCCGCCGUAAAGUUAGUGUCAAUUCAUUGAUUAUUUAACGAUUUCCUACAAUAAAGUGAAGUUUGAAAUAACCGUGCAAGAGGAAAAAUAUUCGAGAUUAGUUUUCAAUACGAGAUCAAACUGAAAAUGGUCUCCACAAUGGAUGAAGUCUUUAGGACGAUUGGUGAAUUUCGUCAAUAUCAAUGGUAUCUUUUGACAAUAAUGGGACUUGGAACCAUCGUUAUCUCAUCGUUUCCCAUUAUGAUACCAUCAUUCAUCACAGCUGAACCUCCCUGGAUGUGUGUUGAUGGAUUUAUGAAUAGCACUGUAUGCCAAUUUAACGGAACAAUAUCGUUGACCAGUGAAAAUUAUAAAGAAAGAUGUCAUAUGCCGAGAGAAGCUUGGAAGUUCGUUGACGAUUUCACAUCUGUUGUGACUGAGUAUGAUCUUGUUUGUGAUAAAUCCAUUCAACUCACAAUUGCACAGUCUUGUUUUUGGAUUGGUAUGAUAAUAGCCUUGCCUGUCAGCGGUCAACUUUCCGAUUAUCUUGGUCGAAAGUUUGUACUGUGUUUGGGCUGUGCUGUUAUUAUUGUAGCUACUUGGGUGAUGGUGUUUCCUAAAGUUUUCUUUGUAUUUAUUAUUUGCCGCGCAUUCAUUGGGAUUGGCUCAGGAUUUGUGAACAUAACAUUGUUUCCUCUGUUGACGGAAUUCACAACAGAAAAAUAUCGUUCCUGGAUGGGGAUUGGAUCGUUUAUAUUCUGGGCUGUUGGUAUAUCAUUCCUUCCUCUAAUUGGCUUCUUGGUUCCUACAUGGAGAACGUUCGUACUUGUCUCUGCUAUUUCAGCAACUCCUUUCCUCUUUUCUUGGUGGUUUUUUCAUGAAUCGCCUCGAUGGCUUUCUACGCAAAAUCAAGAGAACAAAGCAAAAAGCAUUCUUUCAAAGAUCGCUAAAUGGAACAAGCAACAAUUACCAAAUGGUCUUUCCCUAGAGAAGCCUCCAUCCACAGAAAAACGAGCGAAUGUAUUUCAAUUGUUUCGAACAUGGAAGAUGGCAAAGAAAACUUUAAUUUCUUGGAACUUAUGGUUUGUCAACGCACUUGUGUAUUACGGUGUUUCCUUUGGUUCAGUUGAUCUUGGUGGCAAUGUAUAUCUGAGCUCAUUCCUUGUUUCUGUUAUUGAGAUUCCUUCAGAUUGUUGCUGUGUUUGGUCUGUUAACAGGUUUGGUAGAAAAAAGAGCGUUGUUAUUCCGAUGAUUGUCGCAUUUAUUGCUUUUACUAUUUCUGUUUUUAUUCCAUCAAAUGAAAGUUCAGAAAAUAAUGGUGGACGUAUAGCUGCAGCAGUAGUUGCAAAAUUUUGUAUAAAUCUUUCUUUCAGUGCUGCAUUUUUAUGGUGUACUGAACUAUUCCCCACAGUCAUAAGGUCAACUGCAUUGUCGACUUGCUCUGUUAUGGGUAGAAUUGGAUCAAUUUCAUCAAGUUAUAUCAUUUGGCUUAUUCGUAUAAAUGCAGCACUGCCAUACGGAAUUAUGGGUAUUUUAUGCUUUCAAGCUGUUGCAUUUGGAAUGCUCUUGCCUGAAACGAUGGGCAAAUCUACAUUGGAAACCAUGGCAGAUCUUAGUCUUGGAAAUUCAAAUGAAAAUUAUGAAAUUGACCUGAGAAAUGAAAAUGACAAGGAUGAUUACGAAAAGUUGAUCUAACAGAAAGAGUUCUUUUGUUAAUCUCUAUCAAUGAUCUUAUGAUUUUUAUUGCAACUCUGUUUUCUUUAUGGUUGUUUUGUGGAAUUUUAGCUUCUGCUGUCAUGGAGCACCGAAUCACACAAUUGAUAAAAAGUGAUGAAAGGGCAUGUUAAUAUGCAACUGUUCCAAAGAUAUUUUCCUUUAAGGACAGCUUACUUCAAAACUUUGAAAAUUGAAGCAAGUUUCAAGCAACGGACGUCUACAAGCAAUUAAGUUUUAAUCUUCUAGACUGCUACCCUCUUUCCUUAUGUUUUUAACAACAACAGGCAUUUUAAAACUUUCACUGAUUGCAUCUUCUUCCAGUUUUUGUUUAUUUUCAAGUCGUUGCUUGUUUCGAAAUAAAAUUUGGAGCCCAAAGCUUGCCUAAAAACGUCACAACUUCCAUGAACAAACGUGUCUCGUUUGAGUAAUAGUGAGUGCUGAUUUCAUUUUGACUCAGAUUAAAAUCAGAUGUGAUGUGUCAACUUUUGUUACUUAAAAAUAAAUAAUUCCUGGUGAUGGCCUUCACAACAGGGGUGGCGUCUGGAAUUCCCCGACAAAGGGGACAGAGGGGCUAAGGUCCCCGACGGGGAGCUGAACCUUGGUUUAUAUGAACACGUUGUAAAAUUGUUCUUCAAUAAAGAAAAUGAAAACGCUGUCA